GUGGUGAGGAUGCUCUAUAGUCGCUGCAGCACUUUGCUCCUCAUCUCACUUCAGUUUGUCGGUCAGUCUGACACUUAGUCAACGCCGGCGUGUCAUCGCUGUUUCACUGACCUGCACCCAUCACUGUCGUUAUUGCACGACCAUGCCUGUUAAGGAGCAGUGCACCUGGAAAAUGCAGUUUCGGUAACGCUCAUUCAGGGUAAAUCGCUGCAUCUGGUCAUUCAUCACUGAGGGGAAAGAAGGAACUCAGCCUCACAGUUGGAGGAAGGACGGACUAGCUUCCCCCUAAUCAAGUUCUCUCUGUCCAAAAACAUGUCAACCAGCAGCGCAGACAGCGUAGGAAGAGGAACCAUAACCUCUAGAGCUUCAAAGGAUCAUAAAAAGCCCACCGCGGCUGCCCUGAAAGGAGCCAUCCAGCUGGGAAUCGGUUACGCUGUGGGAAACCUCAGCUCUAAACCUGACAGAGAUGUUCUCAUGCAGGACUUCUCUGUGGUGGAGAGCGUUUUCCUGCCCAGUGAGGGCAGCAACCUGACUCCAGCACAUCACUACCCAGAUUUUCGUCUAAAAACGUACGCACCGCUGGCGUUCCGCUACUUCAGAGAGCUGUUUGGCAUCAAACCAGACGACUAUCUGUACUCCAUCUGCAAUGAGCCUCUGAUCGAGCUGUCCAACCCCGGCGCCAGCAGUUCCUGGUUCUACCUCACCAGCGAUGACGAGUUCAUCAUUAAGACAGUGCAGCCUAAAGAGGCUGAGUUCCUGCAGAAGCUGCUUCCUGGUUACUACAUGAAUCUGAAUCAGAAUCCGAGGACGUUGCUGCCCAAGUUCUACGGACUGUAUUGCAUCCAGUGCAGCGGCGCUACCAUCCGCGUGGUGGUGAUGAACAAUGUGCUGCCGCGUGCCAUGAAGAUGCACUACAAGUACGACCUGAAGGGCUCCUCGUACAAACGCCGCGCCUCACGCAAAGAGCGUCUCAAGUCCUCGCCCACGUUCAAAGACCUGGACUUCCAGGAGAUGCACGAGGGCCUGCACUUCGACCCCGACACCUACAGUGCCCUGAUGAAGACCCUGCAGAGGGACUGUCGGGUCCUGGAGAGCUUUAAGAUCAUGGACUACAGUCUCCUGUUGGGAAUUCAUGUUUUGGACCGGAAGCCGCUGAGCAGAGGAAACCGAUGUGACAGCAGGAAAGGACAGAAAGUCCUUUACUCCACCGCCCUCGAGUCCAUCCAGGGGAAUGCGAAGGCACCUGAACCGGUGGCUGAUGACGACGAAACAUUGGGUGGAAUUCCUGCCAAACAUAAAGAUGAGAACCUUCUCAUCUUUUUAGGAAUCAUUGACAUCCUUCAGUCCUACAGAUUCAUCAAAAAGGUGGAGCACUCCUGGAAAGCUCUUGUACAUGACGGGGACACGGUGUCAGUUCACAGGCCCAGCUUUUACGCAGACAGAUUUCUGAAAUUCAUGGGCUCGACUGUGUUUAAAAAGCUUCACCCUUUAAGAGGAGCAUCAUCAAAGAGGAAGAGGAGCUCCCUCUACGCAGUGAAGUCAGCGUCUCAGGAGGUGCUGUCCCCACAGAAGGAGGAGAAGAAGGAGGAGAAGAAGGCUCAAAGCAUGGACAACCUGGACGGAAACUUUUACAGUUCCUCCAAACAACCGGAUCUCCUUCCGAGAGUUUCCUUCGAGUGUACCGAAAAUGACGACGAGGAUCUUGAUAACAGUGAAGAGCGACGAGCCUCCAGUUCAACGAUCGCUCUGGACGACCCUCUGCCGUCUGUCAGCAGGAGCACAUCAGACUCUGAGCUGGACGUCUACUUGUGAGAAACAAGUGAUGGCUCCUCUGCAGCCACCUGGACCUCUGACCUUUGACCUUCCAGUCCCUUACCACAGUCAGUGUCGAGACACCAGGUGACACAAAUGUGACACAAACUAUAAGUAACGUGUUGAUGUCCGUUUCUUCACUGUGAGCUUCACUCUGUGCCUCUGUGACUUUUCCUCUUCGAGUCAAAGCAAAUGUGCCAAAUCACUGGUUCUUUUCUAGAAAUAUAAAACACUACGGAGAUGUUCCUUCUCCUGCCAUUUGCACUUUGCUGCUAAUUUAUAAACAGUGCUAACAAAAAAAAAACAAAAAAAACAUUUGACCUCUCCUCUUGAAUGUGUGAAUUUUGUGCAAGUGUCCUCAGCAGCUGGAACUCUGAGAAACUGUCUUGUCAUUUAAUUCACCAGGAAAAAUAAUGCUGUUAAUUUCAAAUCAUAUAAUUAUAAACAGAGGAGCUAUGUCGAGAUCAUUCAUUGAAACCUGGAGCGACAUCAGUUUUCUUGUGCUGCGUUCAGACACCU